UGCAAGUUCUUCUGUAUCUCCGACAAAAUAUCUGAUCUUGUAUUCUUGAAAGGCCAGAAGCGAGUUUCAUACAGCAGUUCAGGAAGACACGAAAGAGCGAGCGAGAGAGAGAGAGAGGGAGAGAGAGGGAGGGGGUAGGACAAAUGGGAAGCUCCGGUUUGCUGUCCUCUGCUCAUCUCACAAGCUGCUCCGGCCGCCCGCAGUUUCUCUUUCGGCGAUGUAAAGUUGGCCGGAGCGGCGGCGGAGCAAUCCCUUGGAGCUCUCAUGCCUUUCGGAGUUCUCAGAAACGGUCCUUUCUCUGCUUUUCUCUAGAGGAAGAUGGCGGGAGAGAGCCGCAGCCGCCGCCGACAAGCGGCACAGGAGCUGCCCUGCAAGAGAAACCAAUUAAAACUUCAAACUUGGAGGAAAAGCAGAAUGGAAACAGUGAAAAUGAGCAGAGCGCUUUAUAUGAUUUUCUUUACCCUAGCAAGGAGCUUCUUCCUGAUGACAAAGAGAUGAGCAUAUUUGACCAUUUAGAGGAGCUCCGUGAUCGAAUAUUUGUUUCAGUUCUGGCUGUGGGAGGUGCCAUCAUAGGCUGCUUUGCAUUCUCCAAGGAUUUAAUCAAACUUCUUGAAGCACCUGUGUCUGCACAGGGUGUUCGUUUCCUGCAACUUUCUCCGGGCGAGUUUUUCUUUACAACAUUAAAGGUUUCAGGUUAUUGUGGUCUUCUGCUAGGGAGUCCAGUGAUUCUUUAUGAGAUUAUAGCAUUUGUUCUUCCUGGUUUGACGAAGAAUGAGAGAAGGUUUCUUGGUCCUAUUGUUUUGGGAUCAUCUGUGUUGUUUUAUGCUGGCAUUGCCUUCUCCUAUGCAGUUCUGGCACCAGCAGCCUUGAAUUUCUUUGUGAACUAUGCAGAAGGUGCAGUUGAAUCCAUAUGGUCUAUAGAUCAGUACUUCGAGUUUGUAUUGAUUCUCCUGUUCAGUACAGGCUUAUCUUUCCAGGUUCCAGUCAUACAGCUUUUGCUGGGGCAAGUAGGUCUGGUAUCAGGGGAUCAAAUGCUAUCUAUCUGGAGAUACGUAGUGGUAGGAGCUGUUGUUGCUGCUGCUGUGCUCACUCCUUCAACUGAUCCCCUCACACAAGUACUGCUCGCAGGUCCCCUUUUGGGUCUCUACCUGGGUGGUGCGUGGAUGGUUAAGCUUAUAGGCCGUUGAUUAUUCAAAAUCAACGAGGCAUACAAAGGCCAAUGUUCUAAACUUAUUAUCUCCAUUUUUAUAUGGUGAUGUUGCCACAGCAACAGUGUAUAUUUUUACUGAAUCUGGAUGUAUUGUUUGCCAAGCUCCUGUCUUUGUUGCAUGAAAGUUUUUUUUAUGCUGUAAGUAACGCAGAAAAGGUUAGGGCAAAUGAGUUGUUUGUGUAAUAUUUAUAUUUAGUCUUCAUUAUCAAUAUGUAAUAAAUGCAAAAGAAUCUUUAUUCA